AUGGCUCUGACAAAGUGUAUGAGGUCCGAGAACAUCAUGUUGACAAUGUUGAUACCUGGUCCAACCGCACCUAGCAACAACAUUGAUGUAUAUCUACAGCCAUUGAUAGAGGACUUGCAUGAUUUGUGGACAGAAGGUAUGGAAGUUUAUGAUUUGUUUAAGAAGGAGAGUUUUGCACUUAGAGCUAUGAUGAUGUGGAGUAUCACCGAUUAUCCUGGUUUAGGCACAUUAGCUGGGUGUAAAUUGAAAGGGAAGCAACCGUGUAAUGUUUGCGGGAAUGGUACACCUCAUAGGUGGCUAAAGUUUAGUCGCAAACAUGUUUACAUGGAGAACAGGAAGCGGCUCAGGCCUAGUCAUCCUUAUAGAAGAAGAAAAGGAUGGUUUGACAAUACAGUGGAGGUUGGUACUGCAAAGAGGAUUCAGAGUGGCUGCGAUAUAUUUGACAGUCUUAAGGACUUUAAAAACGAUUUUGGGAAACCUUUACCUAAGAAGAGUAAGCGGAAAAGGAUAGAAGGAGGUGAAGAUGAUGUUCUUUCAGCUGACGACUGUGAGGAAGAUGAUGAUCUGUGGCGGUGGAAGAAAAAAUCUAUUUUCUUUGACUUACCUUAUUGGAAGGAUAUGCUUGUGAGGCAUAACAUCGACGUCAUGCACGUCAAGAAGAACGUGUCUGAUGCGCUGUUGUCUAUACUGAUGCAUAGUGCGAAAUCUAAGGAUGGACUGAAAGCAAGAAAGGAUUUAGAAGAGAUGGCUAAAUGUGUCUCACUGGAUCCUCCUUCUAUUGGCGGCAUGAAGUCACAUGAUCAUCAUGUUCUUAUGCAGAAUCUCUUACCAGUAGCGUUGAGAGGUUUACUUCCAAAAGGACCUCGGAUAGCAGUGACUCGCAUAUGCAAUUUCUUCAACAGACUCUGCCAACACAUUCUUGAUCCAGAGAUGCUACUUGCACUAGAAACAGAGAUUGUGGAGACAAUGUGCCAGCUAGAGAGAUUCUUCCCACCUGCAUUAUUUGAUAUCAUGUUUCACCUUCCACUGCAUCUGGCAAGAGAAGCACGCUUGGGUGGCCCUGUUCACUUCAGGUGGAUGUACCCAUUCGAGAGGUAUAUGAAGACACUUAAGGCAUAUGUGAAGAAUUUUGCAAGACCUGAAGCUUGUAUGGCCGAGGGAUAUCUUGCUGUCUUGGAUCCUUAUGUUCAGAUGCACUUAGAAGAACUACAAGCUACUAAUGCAAAAUGCGCAAGAAAUGGAACUGUCUUAUGGAAAUGCCAUACAGAUAGGUUAUCAAACUGGAUAAAAGAGAAGAUCCCUAAUAACCCAAAGAAGCAUUCACAAAGGCACAGAUGGCUUGCUUUUGGACCUAGAAAUGUUGCACACACGUACAAGGGAUUUAUAAUUAAUGGACAUCGUUACCAGACGGAAGAUGUUAAGCGGAAGACUCAGAACAGUGGGGUUACAAAUGAAGCAUUCUCCAUGUGCAGAGCUAGUGCCAAAGAUGCGAACCAACAGGCAGACAUGGUAGCAUACUUUGGAGUCAUUCAGGAGAUCAUAUUGCUUGACUACCACAAGUUUGAGUCAUCAUUUGUUAAUGAUCCUUACAUUCUGCCUUCUCAAGCUAAACAAGUCUUCUACUCUAGAGAAGAUGACAGCUCACCUUGGUAUGUUGUUAUGAGAGAACCACCUAGAGGAUACCAUGAGUUAGAGACUGGAGAGGAAGUUAGUUCUGCACCCGUAACAGUUGAGCAUGAAGAAGAUACUGGAGAUCAAGCAUCUGAUGAUGAGAGUUUUUGUGUUAGGAAUGAUUGUGAGGGUGUUUUUAUAUAUGAGUAA